AUGGCCCUCUCUACUCCCACUCCCAGCCCUUUUGCCGCCAUGAGGAAUUUUGGUGGUAUGGUGUCAUCUGCUCUUUCCUUCGGUGAUAGAUCUCGCCAAGUCUCCUCUCUUGGCCUCGGCACUCUUUCUCUGGGGGAACCGUCUGGCGCCGCCUCGCCUCCUCGCUCUGCUUCUCCUCUCGCCGGUCCCUCCGCUGGUUCUCCCUCUGCUUCUCCUCCCCCUGGUUCUCUCUCCGCUUCCCCUCCUGCCGGUUCUCCCUCCGCUUCUCCUCCUGCUGGUUCUCCCGCCGCUUCUCCUCCUGCCGCCACCCCUCGUCGCAGGACGCCCGCCUUUCGCCCUGGUGAGUCUCCGUCCUCCUCCGACCAGGAGCCGCUCAGCGGUUCGGAGUUGGACGAUCAGUCGGACCCCGAAGGAAGUGAGGGCAAUUAUGAUGAUGAUGAGGAUCAGGAUCGUAGUAUCGAUCCGGAGGGUGGAAGUGAGUUAGGGGAAUACCCAGAUGAUGAUGUGGAGGUGGUUAGAGUAAGGGACAACGACGUUGAUAGUCCUGAGCCCGUUCGCGUUUCCCCCCCUGCUCAAAUCGUGGGCCAGAAACAACCUCGUGCCCUCUCCUCCUCUUCCUCUUCUUCUUCUUCUUCUUCUGGGGUUCUCCCCCCCGCCAACGCCAUUGAACUUCGUUUGAUGGGAAAGGAUAAUGUCACGCGGCGCCGCGUGACAGCCAUCGCCGCCGCUGCCGCUGCUGCUGCUCGCCGCCCUGCUGCCGCUCCCCGUCCCGCCGCCGCCUCCGUUGCUGCUCCCCUCUCUCCUCCCCGAGGGGAGCCUUCGCCCAAACGGGUGAAGAGGUCAUUGCGGGAAGAAGAGUACUUGUGGAAGAAGAUGGAGUCUGAGCCUGGACGUUGGGUUGCGGUUGGUGUCGAUGAGGCGUGCGAUCGUUGCCGACGUGAGAUUAUCACGUAUAAUCGUCCGAAUUGGCCCUGCCUCAAGGCAGUCAGGCCACACAACAAAGCCCUCCGUUGUGCUUCAUGCACAUCUGGUCCCUGCUCCUUCUGUCCCGUCUCCUCUGCUCGGGACAUCCCGCCCUGUCCUUCCGACUCUUCGCCUUUCCCGCCUCCCCAGACUUCAGUGUCUUUCCCCCGUUCGCGGGUACCACCUUCGUCUCUCCGGUCGGUUCGCCGUACUUCGCCGGCCCCUCGCUCGUUGCCUCCCUCGCCGUUGCCCUUCGCUCCUGCGGCCGGCCCAUCACGUCUCCCGCCUGCUCCUCCGUCGUCCUCCCGCCGCCCUCCGUCCUCCCGCCGCCCUUCGGCCUCUCGUCCUUCGGCGCCUUGUCCGUCCUCUCCCGUGGCACCUUCUCCUCUGGCUCACGGCACCCGAAGUCGGCGUCCUUCUGCUUCUCCGGCCAAUUUGACGGCCCCUCCUGUCACCUCUCCCUCUGCUUCUCAGAAGACACCGAAAUCUUCUUUAAAGAGAUCAAAAGGGAAAUCUAAAGAGAAGGAGGUUGUCUUCGAUGAUGGUGAUGUGGAAGAAGAAGAUACUCAGCGUGCUGGUCCCUCUACUCCCCGGCUGUCCCUUGUCCACCCCCGUAUCUCCCUGGACGUUCGUAUUCCUGAGGACGAAAAGGAAUUCGCCACUUAUCGUUCCCUUGUCCUCAGCCUCACCACUCAGCUCGAGGCCGCCUGUCACGACCCUGCAAGUCCUUGGGUCGUGCCCCUUGGACCCUGA